ACACAGUUCGAAACGAGAGCUCAGCGAGUGCGGACGUGCAAAACGCCUGCAACGGCUGUAAACAGAGCAAGUUAAUUAAAACAACUAAAGCGCAGUCAGCAACGGCAGGCAACGCAAUUAAACGUAGUCAAAAUUUAUAAAACAAAACACAACGUUUUGAAAAAGUUAUUAAAUAUAUAAGCCAAGUCGUGUGUGUUUAUAGCAUUGUCGCUUGCCAUAUGUGCCAGAGGAAUUAGGUUAACCCACAAGCAAAAGAAAAAAGCGAGGCAAACCAAACAAGCAGCAGCAGUGUAAAUAAGUUUUUGGCCAGGCAAUGCCCGAGAUAAUAGAGCUGAAUGUUGGCGGCGUGCAUUAUACCACCACGCUGGCCACGCUGUUGCAGGAUAAGACGACACUGUUGCAUGAACUCUUUGGCAACGCCGAGGGUCGCGACUCGCUGGCCAAGGACAGCAAGGGGCGCUACUUUCUGGACCGCGACGGCGUGCUCUUUCGCUAUAUACUGGACUUUAUGCGCGACAAGGCUCUAAAUCUGCCCGAAGGCUUUCGCGAGCGGCAGCGUCUGCAGCGCGAGGCGGAGCACUUCAAGCUGCUGACAAUGCUGGAGUGCAUACGCAGCGAGCGCGAUGCACGUCCGCCUGGCUGCAUCACCAUUGGCUAUCGCGGCAGCUUUCAGUUCGGCAAGGAUGGCCUUGCCGAUGUCAAGUUUCGCAAGCUGUCACGCAUUCUGGUCUGCGGACGUGUCGCGCAGUGUCGCGAGGUCUUUGGCGAUACGCUGAACGAGUCGCGCGAUCCGGAUCAUGGCGGCCCAGAUCGCUAUACGUCGCGCUUCUUCUUGAAGCACUGCUUCAUUGAGCAGGCGUUUGACAAUCUGCAUGAUCAUGGCUAUCGCAUGGCGGGCAGCUGCGGCUCCGGCACUGCGGGCUCGGCGGCGGAGCCCAAGCCGGGCGUCGACACCGAGGAGAAUCGCUGGAAUCACUACAAUGAGUUUGUCUUUAUUAGGGACUAAGCCACACACUGACUGCAAACCCAAACCCAGCUUGAAACUCUUUAAAACGCUCGCAUUAUGUUUGUGAUAAGGCAGCCUUGGUUUCUAUCUAUCUCUCUCUCUCGAACGAAAUUCAUGUUUUUGAAGCCCACCUUUCUAUUCCAAUGGGAACAUUUGAGUCGUACAAUUCAAAGCGAACAAUCCCUAUGCGCAUAUAUAGGCCAAAAUAGUGAACAAAUUUUUUGAAGAAACGUAGCCAAAACACAGUUUAAAAAGCCAGAACAAUUUACUAACAAACUCUUCAAUAUACUUAUGUAGACAAAAAAAGGUUUAACGAAAACUAAUUAAAACACAAAGUACUAUUUCAAAAUACGGGUCACUACUAUU